CCAGCGGCGUAUAGCUGCCCGCAUCGCUGCCCGCGCAGCGCUGCCCAUACCGCGUAGGAAUGGCCCGCCGCCGCGGCCGCCGGCGAGGCGGUGGUGGCACUGCUGCGCCAGCGCGGCACCCGGUGGGGCUGCCCCGGCUGGAUGCCAACUCCCUGUCGUGCGUCGCCGACUUUUGCAGCCUCCAGGACUGCUGCGCGCUGCGACAUCGCAUCUCGAAGCGCACGUCUCAACAGCUCGCCCCGGCCGACGCCAGUGAGGCGUUCGCGCGCGCCCGCGUAUUACGCCUGGUCAAGCGCUGGUGGGAGGCUACGCUCCUGCUUAACGAGCACUGCGAAGACACCGUCCUGAGUUGGGUAACGCGCUACGGAAAGAAAAAUCAUAUCGCGCACCAGCUGCGCGUCCUCCUCCGGGCUCGGCACGUGCGCACGCUGAGACUCGGAGGGCUGGCUGCUUUCUACGAAUACUCUCUUUCCGCAGCAGAGCGUGGUGUACAACUAAGAUGGAAUGGCCCGAGGAUGGACUUGGUGCCGCGGCCCAGCUGCCUCAGAGGCCUAAACGCCCUCGAGGCCCUGCGCAAAAUGGGGUUGCGGAAAUCCCGUAAUGUCAUGGAUCUAUACCAUCCAUCGACAUUCAUAGGGGGUUGUGCUGAGAGCUUUUAUCAUUGCUUUCGCCACCAACGGUUCUCCGAGUUCCUCGCCCUGGAUAAAGCCCUGCGCCGCGGCACGCAGCGCCCCCGCGAUUGUUUGGUUGGGCCGUGGCGGUUCCUAGAGCAGUCUCUUUGCCGGCAUCACUGCUUCCGGUGCAAUCGCUUCCUCGACCAGCGCCGGCCGGAGUUCCACUUUCGAACGACGCGGCGCGGCGUGACGUGCGGUGUCAUCAGAGACGGCGUCAGUAAUAGUUAUUGACAUUCAUUCGCACAGGCGGACCCGUGCUCGGCGUGCGCGAUGAUUCCGUGGUACAAAGCACUUAAGCGGUACCGCCUCACACCGGCGCAGCUCCCCGGCGUGGAUUCGUGGUGUCGGCGGCGAAUUAUGUGGUGUCGGCGGCAAAAUGGUCGUUGGUAUUGCGUUCCCAUGGUCCGGCAAGCCGACGCUGAGGCUGCGCACCGGCGCGCCUGGACACGCGGCGACGCGGAACGAGCGAAGACGCGAGCCAAGAAGAAGAAGCGGAGACGGCAACGCGACGCGGCGGCGCGGCGGAAGGCAUACAAUCAGGUGCGUGGAUUCGCGGCGUUCGCGUCCUGCCUCCGGGCAGGAGUCGCGAUGAUCGCGUCUUAUGUGACUUCGGGUUUUAUCCCCUGA